AUACUUAUUAAUUUACAUCUGUAUCGAUUUUAUCCAUUUGUCAAAUAAUCCAAUUCCAAACGUCUCUCUUCUCUCCAAAAGCAAUUUAAUCAACAACCAAACAAGGCACACGUCAUUUACACGUAAGACCCUCUUUUGACGAUGCUCACCCGCAUAUCUCACAGGAAGCUUUGGACCUCCGCCCGCCGGGUUCUCCGCCCAUCUCUCUGCCGAACCUCCUCUGCUCCGCUGCCCUCACCUCUCUCUCACUCUCACACCUUCUCUUCUUCUGCCUUUGCUCUUCGUUCUACAACUUAUGCUUAUUUUGAUUUCGAUUUUCUACAUUGGAAGAGGCAUUGCUUUUCUACUCAACCUGCACUAGAACUUCCGGCCGGUAAGAUCGUGGAUGUGCCGUUGGCACAAACUGGGGAAGGUAUUGCAGAAUGUGAACUUCUCAAAUGGCAUGUCCAAGAGGGGGACUAUAUUGAGGACUUUCAACCACUUUGUGAAGUUCAAAGUGAUAAAGCUACUAUAGAAAUCACAAGUCGUUACAAAGGAAAAGUUGCACAUGUUCUCCAUGUUCCUGGAGAUAUUGUAAAGGUUGGAGAAACUCUUUUGAAGAUAUUAGUUGAUGAGACUGCAUUCCCUUCGGCGACUGUCGGUGAUUCAGAAAUUACAAAGUCACUUCAUUCUGAUCAAGUAUUAGUCAAUGAGUCUGCAUCUGCUAUAGCGGCUCUUGGUAAUUCAAAUAAUGCAGAAUUACUAGAUUCUGAUCUUGAAAAAAGGAAACGUGCUGCAGUAUUAUCAACACCUGCUGUAAGGAGUCUGGCAAAGCAACAUGGUAUAGACAUAAAUGAAGUAUGUGGAACUGGAAAAGAUGGAAGGGUACUGAAAGAAGAUGUGCUCAAUUUUGCUGCUAAGAAGGGAAUCAUUGUAAGUGUAUCUGCUGUUUUGGAUGCUGAUAAUGUAGAGAAGCCUAGAGGAGCAGAAGGAUAUACCGUGACACCUGAGUAUAAAUCACCAUCAGAGGAUAGGAUACUUCCCCUAAGGGGAUACCAAAGAGCAAUGGUAAAAUCAAUGUCUCUGGCUGCCAAGGUCCCACAUUUCCAUUAUGUAGACGAGAUAAACUGCAAUGCUCUAGUGGAGCUUAAAACAGCGUUUCAGAAAAACAAUCCUUAUCCAGAUGUCAAGCACACUUUUCUGCCAAUAUUAGUCAAAUCACUGUCAAUGGCCCUCACCAAGUACCCCGCUUUGAAUAGUUGCUUCAAAGAGGAUUCAAUGGAGGUCAUACUCAAAGGUUCACACAACAUUGGAGUUGCCAUGGCUACUCCAAAUGGUCUAGUUGUACCAAACAUAAAGAAUGUUCAGUCUCUUUCAAUAUUGGAGAUAACCAAAGAACUGGCAAGACUGCAACAAUUGGCUUCAGAGAACAAGUUAACUUCUGAUGAUAUAUCUGGUGGGACGAUUACUUUAAGCAACAUUGGAGCAAUUGGUGGAAAGUUUGGUUCCCCUCUUCUCAACCUGCCUGAAGUCUCCAUUAUUGCCAUUGGUCGAAUUCAGAAAAUUCCACAGUUUGAUGGCAAUGGAAAUGUGUAUCCUGUAUCACUCAUGACUGUUAAUGUUGGUGCAGAUCAUAGAGUCUUGGAUGGAGCAACCGUUUCAAGAUUUUGCAAUGAGUGGAAACAAUUAAUUGAAAAUCCAGAGCUCCUAAUGUUGCAUUUGAAAUGAAAUAUUUUUACUUUAGAGUAACAAAAGCUGGAAUUGUUGUAUACAAUGUUGAUCUUUAUAUUAAUCAUAAUAAUAAAUACAUGAAUGAGAACAUUUAAAAUUUGA